AAUAAAACAUUCCAAAUUUACAAAACCCCUCCUCUGUAAUUUUCUUGAAACCCUAUUGUCACCAAAUCUCUCUUCGACGUCAAGUUUUCACAAAUCUUUUUACAUCUUUAUACUGAAUUAGUUCAAGGGUUGCUGUUAAAACAUUCAUCCACUUGUAUCUUCAAGUUCUUGAUUUUGUUUUUACAAAAAAGAUUCUAUCUUUCAAGCUUUAUCUCUGUUUUUGUUUCUGGGUUUUUGUGGGAUUUCAAGAAAGAUGAAAGGGUUGCUUUCAUUUCAGUUUUUCUGUCUUACUCUGGGAUUGUUUCUUGCUACAAGUUUUGCUGUUCAACCAACUGAAGUUCAUUCUCUUACAAUGUUCAAAGAAGGUAUAUUUGAUGACCCAUCAUUGGUUUUAUCAAACUGGAAUGCCCUAGAUUCAGAUCCUUGUCAUUGGGUUGGUGUUUCUUGUUUUAAUGAUCAUGUUAUAAAAAUUAACAUUUCCGGUAGUUUGAUAAAGGGAUUCAUCGCCGAAGAACUGUUUCUUCUCUCGUUCUUACGCGAAUUGAUUCUACACGGGAACAAUCUCCGCGGUUCAAUACCUAAAGAAAUCGGAUUGCUAAAUCACUUAAAAGUCUUAGAUUUAGGUGGAAACCAGUUAUCCGGACCGAUUCCACACGAGAUUGCUAAUCUUGAUAGCAUUGUUAAAAUAAACUUACAAUCUAAUGCAUUGACCGGAAAUUUACCUCCGGAGCUUGGCAAUCUUAAGAAUCUUCAAGAGCUUCGGUUGGACCGAAAUAAACUGGAAGGAAUUAUUCCGGGUGCGAAUGUUACAGACUAUGGUUCUGCCAUGACAGGAAUGUAUGCCUCAAAUACGAAUGUUCUAGGUUUUUGUCACGCGUCUCCUUUAAGAGUUGCGGAUUUUUCAUUCAACUACCUUGUUGGAAGUAUACCUAAAUGCUUGGAAUAUCUUCCAAGGGACAGCUUUCGGGGCAACUGCAUAAAGUACAAAGAUAUCACACCACGGGCUCCUGAAGAGUGCGGUGCUGCUGCACCAGCUAAACCUCUACAGUCAGACGACAUGAAACACCAUCCUGUUGAAGAUAAACAAAAGCCCGUUACGCGUGCAUCAAAGCCCGCUUGGAUUUUAACUCUUGAAGUAGCGAUUGGAGUGAUGGUCGGGUGCGUCUUCCUUGCAGCCAUUUUUACAUCCGCUCACAGGUGGAAAGUCAAAUCACGGAAUAUCAUCACUACAUGGAAGAAGUCCAAAACCGAAAAGGAACAUAUGGAAAUCUUCAUUGACACUGAUAUGCUAAAGGACGUGAUGAGAUACAGUCGACAAGAACUUGAAGUUGCCUGCGAAGAUUUUAGCAACAUUAUCGGGUCAUCGUCGGAUAGUGUAGUUUACAAAGGAAACAUGAAACGUGGGCCCGAAAUUGCGGUUAUUUCUCUUUGCAACCGGGGAGAAAACUGGUUGAGCUGUCUUGAGCCUUAUUUUCAAAAAGAGGUGGCUGAUUUAGCUAGGCUAAAUCAUGAAAACGUUGCGAAAUUGCUGGGAUAUUGUAUCGAAGGUGUCCCGUUUACAAGGAUGUUAGUCUUUGAAUAUGCAUCUAACGGGACGUUAUACGAGCACCUUCAUUGCGAAGAAGGGUGUCAACUAAGUUGGACACGAAGAAUGACGAUCGUUUUAGGAAUCGCUAAAGGUCUAAAAUAUCUUCAUACAGAAAUCGAACCUCCAUUCACUAUAUCCGAGUUAAACUCUAGCGCGGUAUAUCUCACAGAAGAUUUCUCACCAAAGUUAGUUGAGUUUGAAAGCUGGAAAAGUAUUCUUACAAGAUUUGAGAACAACUCUAGCUCUAUUAGCAAUGCAGAUACCUUGUGUGUUCAACCCGGUUCGUUAGCAGCACGCCAGUCGGAUAUUCAGGGUAACAUCUGUGCAUUCGGCGUUCUUCUAUUGGAAAUCAUUAGCGGACGACCUCCGGUCGGCAAAGACAAGGGGUUACUAGUAGACUGGGCAAAAGAGUAUCUUGAAGAACCGGACAUGAUGUCGUCGGUUGUAGAUCCUGCACUGAAGCAUUUUAGAGCCGAGGAUCUUGAAGUGAUACGCGAGGUGGUUAUAAAUUGCAUUCAAGUAAGGAAUGGAGAUAUAGUGACCAUGCAAGAAGUGUGUGCAAUGCUGGAAAGCAAACUGGACACCACAGGCUCAUCAGAGCUCAAGGCCUCUUCGAUCGCCUGGGCUGAGCUGGCGCUUUCAUGUUGACCCGAGUUUCGUAAUAUCUAGCAAACACUGUACAUUCUACUGAUCAAUAUAUACCAUCUGAUUAGCAUUGGAUUAAAGAUGACUUUUUUUUUUUUUUUUUUUUUUUUUUUUUUGUAAAUUUUGUUUGGGGACAGAAGAGUAUAUGAUGAGUUGAUACUUACAAGUCUUGUUUUGUAACCAAGUUAUGGUUCUUGAAAAGAAUGACUAGAUUUUAAUCCAUUUUAA